AUGUUUAAUUUAGAAACAUAUGUCACUCCUAUUUUGCUAAGCUACCUGGAUAAAUAUGUGCAAAAUUUCAAAGCUGGAGAUGCCCAGGUUUCACUAUGGGGUGGUGGGGUCACAUUACAUAACUUAGUGCUAAAAGCUGGGGUACUGCAACAAGAAGUUGCAUUACCUUUUACACUCAUCUCAGGACGAAUACAUGAGUUGCUUAUACAAGUGCCCUGGACCAAGAUUAUGUCCGAACCCAUUGUGGUUACUAUAAAUACAAUAGAAUGUAUUCUCAGUCUUGAUGCUCCUCCACCAGAUGAGAAUGCUAUACCAGAAAGACGGAGAAGUCAAGUGGUGGAAGCUCCUCCAGGGUAUAUGCAAGCAUUAGUUCGUCGUAUAGUCAGCAAUAUAUCAGUGCGAAUCAACUCGCUUAUUGUAAAAUAUGUUCAUGACGAUAUUGUGAUGUCUUUAACUGUCAAACGACUAGCUGUAGAUAGCGUCGGUGCAGAUUGGGAGCCACUCUUUGCUGAUAUAGACCCGGAGGAUCCGCUUAUUAGGCGCCUGGUUCGAUUAGAUGACCUAACCCUCUGUCUUGAUAAAUGCGAUUCUGAUGGUAAAAUCAGAUUUUACCAAGAACCCUUACUGUAUCGAUGCCAACUAGACCUAAGGGUUUUGACGCGCUUGAUCUCCGCAAAAUCACGCCGCGCAAGCAGUUUUAGUGUUCAAUUGCGAUCUAGUCUCAUGUCAUGGGGAGUAACAAAUGAACAAUUGGAGUUGUUAUUACGACUCUGUAGAGAUAAUGCUUUAUCUAACAAGACACCCUCGCCCGUGCCUAAGCAAUUGUCACAACUACCACCAUUAAUUUCUUCAUCAUCGAACUCAGCCGAACCAGUAAGAAGUGCAAGCUGGUCACAAUGGGCCUGGUCAUGGCUCCCUGCCUGGUCGGAUCGCGAAAGUCGGGAAGAAACACUAGCACCCUCUGCACCUAUACCUAUCAUGUUUGUGAUUUAUCUAGAACAAGUGGCGUUAGGAUUCAAGGUCUUAGAGGUAGAAUUGGGUCGUCAGCGGAGUCGCAACAUCCUAUCAUUAUCAGCGAAGGAUGCUGUAUUAAAAGGCUCUAUAUGUUCGCCAACCAUGCUUCGUAUCAAAUUUGGUGCGAGGGAUUUGUCGCUAUCAUCGCGUGGCCGAUGCGUCUGUGGCUAUGAUAAUAUCAAUACGGUGAAAGAUGAAGAAACUCUUUAUUUGUUUAAAACAACUAAUGAUAAUAAUGAAUGGAAAUGGAAAGAAGACGAUUUCAAUGCUCAAAAGAUUGAAUUAGGCGUAGCAGCGGAUGAACAACUUCUGGAAUCACCAACAAACGACCAGACAGCAGAAGGCGCACAUAUAAAGAUUGAGAGUCAAGGGCAAAUCGCCGGCCCAUCUACGGAAACCGAUGAAGAAAAGGAUAAAUUUUGGAGCGAAAUGUCGCCUGUUAUUUACGUAGAAAUGAACCACGAUAGAACGCCUUCUGACCAGCUAUUAAACCCUUAUGACAAUCCGCCAAAGGACUUUGAGUAUAGUGAUUGGGUAGAAGAGUGCGUUAUAAAAGUGACAACUCAACCUAUCACAAUUCAAGUGUGUACGGAUUUGUUACAUCGUCUUAAAGUUAUCAGAAAUAUAUGUGAACAAGUUUCAGCCCUUCAAAUUCCAGAACCUCCGAUGCGUACACUUACCGUGGAAGAAUGCGAGGCAUUGUCAGAAAAUCUGCCACAGCGUCGUAUCGGUUUUGAAAUUAAUGGUUUGCGCAUACAACUGAUACCUUGGGACCAUUCUCCGAGGGAGAAACCAGUCAACGUGCCAAUUGCACUCGCUUUAGAUGUACCAAAGGCAGUACUUAAUGUUGCAGCGCCACUGUAUUCGCAUAGGGUUUGCUCAGCAGCCUGUCAGAUGCCAUACAAAAGUGAGCCCCUCUGGCAAGGAGCCAGGCUCCAUGUAUCUGGCAAUAUGUCCCUACAGGCAGCGAUCUGUUCAACCACGGACACGCAACCAUAUCCUUGUCUUGACGCAAAUCUUAAUUUCGUCACACACAAACUGCUACACAAGGACUUCUUUACGUCUCGAAGGAUUUCCGAUUUCAACUAUACUAUUAAAAUACGUGAGGUAAAAAUUUGUGGAUCAUCAGCCCGUUUGCAAGCCGCUUAUUUAGUUCCCGUGAGUUUGUUUUGCGAGCAACCGUGUGAGGUUCUCAACCACACAACUUUAGCUACGGACGCUAUGCAUGAUGAAGAAGCGGUUGCUAUUGACGUCUCUUUAGAAGAAUUGAUGGUAUGGGGCUACAGGGCGAAGUUGAUUCACACUCAUAUCCUUACAUUAGGAUCAGUUAAAGCGACUGCUCAUCAUGCACCUCGUGGUGGCGAUCCGAAACAAGUAUGGCUAUUCUCUGGGCCCGACACAGAUACUACCACUCAAUAUAUAAGAACGAGGUUUCAACUAUGCCAAGAGCCGACACAAGAUUCAGUAGACUAUUUCGGUAUAUGGUUGGAGCCUACUGCUAUAUGUGUGGAUCCAUUAUUUGGUGUUUGGCUGGCGUAUAGGCCGAAGAUGAAAGUGUCUGAGCGACGUUCAACAGUUUCCCUUACGAGAAUAAUCUCCUCAUCGCAAUAUUUACCAAAGCGGAGGCAGACAACACCGUCAUCAAGCGGGCGUGGUGGAAGUCGUUCUGGGUCUGGGACCGAGCAAGUCCAUUCAAGAACUCGCAGUCACCACUCAACACACUCGGGUGAAAGAUUGGUGAAUGUAUACGUAACAUCCAGCAGCGCGAACGCAAACGGUUGCGUUACAGUGAGAGAUGCAAUAGAGCGACAUGCCAUGGCCUCCCAAAAUGUUCUUGUUGUUAGUUUGGGUCAUCUUUCAAUAAUCUCUCCAUCCACGAAACAGUUUUGGGAACGGGUGGAAAUAAACGGACCCACAUUUUUAAAACCAGAAAAUGAAAUGCCUGACAAUAACACAUGUGUUGUUGAUGACGCAUUCCCAUGGAGAAUGCGUUUGGCCGACGUCUCUUGCUACACUCUGGAAGCGAGGGUUGGUGCCGAGCGUUCUGGUCGGGAAAAAUCCGCCAAAGGAUUAAAAUCGCAAUUAAAAAGCACACAUCAACUUAUACCAAGAACAGUAUUAGAUCUCGUGACGACAUCGAUAACAUUAUCUCUUGUUGCAAAAUCCUUGAAAAUAUUUAUCGCACCCAAAAAAGAGAAGAAACUUCAGGAGUUAACCAUUGAUGAUGCAACAAAGUACUUUAGAAGUGGUAUUGAUUUCAAGCCUUCAUCAUUAAAAGAAUUCGUUCGAGGACCAUCUAGCAGAGGCAAAGCAAGCAAUCCCCAAGCAAAGGAGAAUGAAUCGGAGUCCCCUCGCGAGGAAACAAUUAAGGAUGGUCCUAUAGUGUCACUUGGAGUCAACAUUCAUGCAGACACACCACCUAUUAAUGUUCGAGUGGAUCAUGAUCAGAUUAACGUAAUAGCUGAAGCAAUUCACUGUUGUAUUCAUGUGUUACGAUUGCUUCAAGCGUCUCCUCUAAAAUUGGCGAAGCAGACCAAGUCUUCCAGCUCUCAGGGAUCUCUCUUAAGGGCCACCUCCGAAGUAGAUACGCAGAGUAUAUCUUUGGAUGCAGAGAGCAUUCAUCCAUCUGAGGAACUUAUAUCAAUCUUCCAAGCAUAUCCUGAUAAAGAACCGCAAAAGCUAAAAACAUUCCUAUGGUUCCAAUGGGUGGUGAGCCACGCUACGCUCCUAGUGACCACGCCCGGGUUUAGGCUAGCAUUUGACGCGGAUGACGUCAUCAGUAGCUUGGAUAUGCAAGACAGAUAUGACCAGCUGAAGAUAAAGGUGGCGUCUGCUUCAAUCAAGCAUUAUGAGAGAUUGAAUGAAGAUUGGCUGCCCGGUGUGCUUGGAGGAAGGGUGUUGGAAGCUCGAGAGCCAACAAAUGCUACGGAAGAAAGCGAUUUUCUAUCGGUCACUGUUACAUCAGUUUUAAUAUCCAAAUUACCAGCGAGUUUAAAUGAAGAGCUGACGCUGAAGUCGUUUAAGAAAAUAGAACCAGACGAGCGUAUUUGGGAAAUAUAUGUAGCCCUGGCACCAUUAGAAGCAGUUUUACGUCCAACUAUUUUGGAACCAAUCGUUAGUAUUUUCCGACUCUUCGCUCCCAAGAAUAGCUGUCCGUUACAAAAUCAGGAAAAUAGGCUGAAAGAAGGACAUCGCCCUCUGAUCUAUGUGAGUGCGGGAGGUCUGCGUCUUCUACUUGCUGAUCAAAUUGAUACUAGUAACGGUGACGACACUAUUAUGUUUGUGCUGGGUAAAACUACUGUAAACCCGUAUCCACAAAAUCCAAUGUGCAGGAACCCCAUAAAUCCUGCGCCGGAAAAUGAGUUAAUUUCAAGUCUUGUAAUAGAAGGACGCCAAUAUGAGAUGCUGAUAAAGGGUUUGGCAGUACGAUCUGUCCAGUUCCAACAGCUGGCCAAUCACGAGGUGUUUCAAUCAGAAUUACUAAAAACGAGUGGCGAAAACCCGGCAUUGAAAUGGAGUCAACAAAUCGACUCGCCAGUUAUUACACCAAUAUUGCAUUCUAUGGACAUAAAUUUGUUAAUAGCACCACCUGUUUAUGUCAUGGGGACAUUAAUUUGUGGACCUGCUAUAGAAGUUAAUUUAGUCACCGAAUGUUCCUUAGAGCUAAGUCUUAACCGUCUCCAUAUGAUGAUAUCAACCUUUCAUCGGCUCACCGAAACUCUGGAACGUAGAGAAAGCAUAUCAGUUAUGCAAUUUGAAGACAACGUGUGUCCCUACGCAAAUUUGGCUAUCAGUGAAGUGAGCGAUGCCUCGCCAUCGGAUUGUGAGUCUACUAUAAUUGAAGAUCCGAAGACGUCGACAGACAUAUUCUCACCCUUAGUUCGAACUGAUUCUGGCAUCGUCACAUCGCAAAGCGUUCAAAAUACCUCUACCCAAAAAAAAUCGGUAGAUUUCAUAGAUUAUAGUUCAAAAUCAUCUGAAUUUUUGGAAUUAUGGAUAGCUAUGUGGACAAUCGAAAUAUCUAUGUACGUAAACGACGAUGCCUCUCCAGAAGUAAUCGCACUUCGACCACCAGUGACCUACCGUCCACCGCCCAAGGAACCUCAGCAAACCAUCAAUGAACCAACAGUUAAGGUUAUUAUAGAAGAACGCGAUGACCUUGCAAGUUCUAUGGGUGCUAGUAAAAGUCUUACAGACACGGCGCGCCAUUCUGACAUAGCGAAGCAAAACAUUGAUCUUGCGUCCGUUCUUCCAAUGGCACGAAAAACUGAAGGGAAUAUACCGCUUUGGCACGUUAAAUUGACUCUGCCUAAUUUAUACUAUUACAAACGUAAGAACCAAAGGAAGAUACAGGCAUCCCUGUUUGAUUUGUGGGUUGGUCUCGGUGCUGGUGAAUCAGACGGGCAGUGGUCUUCACCUCUAUUGACAACUGGGUCUGGUGUAGUCGAUCCGGAGACUGGUAUUGAACCAGCGUUGAUUCGAGUGGAAGGUGUUCUUGCGCCAAGAGGAGGCAGUGAUAAUGAAUGUAGCCCCGUCAAGAUGGACUUAGAACGCCCACUGCAAGUUGAGCUCUCCGCAGAUAAAAUGAAAAGGCUAAAAGGGAUCUUAAAACUGGUACAGAAAAAAUACCCGCGUACUGAGAACUCCAUCCAAACGUCCGCAAAGCCACCAUUGGAUAGAUUUCGACGAUUUUUGAUUCUAAACAGAGUUGAAAAUAUAACAGUGAAGACCAGUAGCAUAGACCUGAAGAGUGAAAUGUGCUCCAUUAGUUGCAAAAUAUCAUCCCUUCAGCUCGGAGCAGGGAAAAAGCCAGACAGAUUAACCUGCAAAGUACUAUUUUGUAUACAAAGAGUAACGGUUGGACCGUCAAGCGAAAUAUGUCAUUUGCUACAGCCUAUGCUUGUUGGCGUACAUUUAAGUGCAACGUGGGAAGCGUGGCGUCGACUUGAAAAUACUCUUUCGGCCCGUGAGCCUACUAUUCGUUUGGGAAUAGAUCUGGACCAGGUCAUCCUUGAUAUAAGACCGGAGGAUUUAGAUGUUGUACAUAAAGUGAACGAAGCUUUGCGGGACUUGAUGGAUGAUGAGCAGUCGGAACAUUUGGAAGCAGGUAGUGAAAUGACAUCAACAGACAGCCUGCCAAUUAUUAUACAAAGUGGCAGUUUUAUUAACAAACCCGCCAUGGCAUCCACCGACUCUGAAGUUAUCGAUCAUUUUUAUUCGGAUGACUUUAGGAGCGGUGCGUUCAAGAUAGUUAAAGAUGGACCAGUACCGAUGGCUUACCAAAUAUUAAUUCAAGAUGACCGCGUGAUGUGGAGGUAUCCUCAUCCUAGAGCUAUCACUAAGCUUACAAUAUCUCCAAUACCAGAUCAGGAUACAGAUACCGAAUGCGUACUCGAACUUUAUUCUUCUCUGCUUAGUAGAUGGGAAAGACAGGCUGCCUUUAAAAUACCUAUUUCCGAGGUCACAGAGUAUCCACUAGAAUUUAAACCUUCAGAAGCGGUUUUUGGGUGUCUGUGGCGAGUAAAAGUCAGUUCACAUCACACGACCAAUCCCACAAACUACAAGUUUGAUAUCUCAAAAUUUUUACCUGGACGGGAUCCAAUGGCAUAUGAUCCGCCAGUUGAAAUGUAUUACGGGAGUAAAGCCGUGACGGGUCAGCACUUAUUCGGAGUUCUAAGAAUAGACUCAACAUUUGCACCCCAUGUAUUACCACGCCUGAAGUUAGCUCUUAAACUUUCCUGCUUUGAACUAAAUGUCCACAACUCGAUGCCGAUAAUAAACAGAGAAGCAAGACUUCUGGAAGGUUAUUAUGUGUCGCGCCCUUUAUGUCGAAGCCAUCGUGUUGCAAAUCUACGCCUAACGGAUACAGCUGCUCAUUUAUUAAUCGCAUCUACACCGAAAGUCGUGUUUGACGCUGAAUUGUCAAGUGACAUACUAAACAGCUCGACCGGAACAUUGGAGCCAUUCCUGGAAGAAUUUCGAGCCCAAGGAGUGAUUUAUCUAGAGCAAAUUCCUCGGCUCAAUGUACGAGCAGGAAAAAUAUCUAUAGCGAUGAAUGUACCGCGUGUUUACACCGUACGGGCGCUAAUAGAUGAUUGGACCAAUGUAUACAAUCAGAAAUUCAAAAGCCACAUGAAUAUACAUGCUAAACAGCCAGCCAGUCCCGUCGAAGCCUUAGACGGCCGCGUGUCGCUUUGGGUUCAUAACCAAUGUAGUGUAGCCUUAAGAAUUGGACAAGAGGCCACGAAAGAAGUCGUUCCAGUUGGGCCUGGCGUGAGUCAUGCGUACAGAUGGCGCAUUCCAUUGGCUCCUAAAAAGCUACGUUUCGCUUUUGCUGGGCCCUGUACGGAUUGGCAUUGGUCGAACAGUAUAGAUUUUAAAGAGGGUUCCUGCAAGGUGGUUCUAGAAAAUCUCUCUGAGGAAGGACCCAGUGAAAAGGAUGCGCAAGAAAAGACGUUUGUAACGCUGUAUGUGCGUAUAAAAAGUACGGGCGCGAGACGGGAUAUGUUCUUGUCGGGUCGUGUGCGUUUGGUCAAUGUCCUGAGGCAACCUCUUAUGUAUAUGGUGAGAUAUCGGAAUACGACGGUUAACCCAUGGCAGACCAUCACUGCUGGAGUUUUAAAUCCUGAAACCAUUGGUCUCAGUGUUCUAUGUGGCCCAGGACUUGCGUCUCUCAAAGUGAAAUUAACAGCGGAGGAAUCUGGUUGGUCUGGGGAUAUACCUGUGCAAGAAUGUCGAAGAAGAAACUUGCAAUGGCUUGUGAAAAUUCCUCAUCAGGGCGAAGUCCCAUUUGUAGCGGUGUGGUGCCGCGUAGUUCGCGCACGAUCAGAUGGACGAUUCAUCGCGACGUUUUGGCCUUUAUAUAUGCUGACUUCAGAACUACCACUGGAUAUGAAUAUGACGAUAACAUCGGACUAUAGCUCCGAUGCAGAUCCAAAGCCGCAGUAUGCAAGGAUGCAGACGGCUCCGGGUCGAGGAGCUUGUACGCACAUAUCAACGUAUGGCAAGUCGACUGACAAGAAUUUUAUUUCUCUACAAUAUAGGGACUUCGAGUACCAGGUGACGAAAAAUGAACUAGAACUGCGCUACGAGAACUCGAAUUCGCCUGUUUUUGAGGAGCACCCCCCGGUGCAGACUGUUGAUGAACACCUUGAUGCAAUCAAACAAUGGUUGAGCAGAUCCGGGCUUGAUGCCAAAUCGACGUGGCCACACACAUUGGUUAGAAACCAUUGGGCCGGUGAUUGGAAACCAGCCUUAUUGCAACCUAAAACCGCUAUCAAUGUUUGCUAUGUACCUGUCCGUGUGGGUGGUGGUUGUUCGCUAGAAUUGCGAUUGCUACCUCAAGUCUUGUUCGCGAAUGCGUCUACAAUUGCCCUAACUUUACGAUCGCAUGAUGGGGCACCGGUUUGCAAGAUUGAACCCGGCGUGGCAAUUGCGGCAUCAAACAAUAUAAUUGAUAAACCAUUCUACAUGUCGAUCGAAAUGGGACGGGAAACGUUUGUGAGCACAAAAUUUGAGGUGCAUUGUAAAAUUCCCGGACGAUAUGAAGAGCCUUCGCCUAAACAUAUAUGGUUGGAUCGUCCUACACGCUGUGCAAUACACUGCAAUCAGAAAGUAGCACUUUUAUCUUUGACCCUUGAAAUAGAGGAGUCAAUGUAUGUUUUUGGGAUAACAUCGUCGUUCGCCAUUCGAAACUUACUUAAAAUGGAGCUUUAUGUGUCGACCAUUGGAGUUCCAAAAGAAAUAGAAGUUUCUGUUCUUCGGCCGAAGAGUUACAAAGUAAUACAUCCUGCACUAGAAGACAGACUUGAAUGUGUGCCGUUGACCCAAUUCACAUUGCAAGAACGAUGGCUUGGGGACUAUGUGGACGAAUUGAACUCGUUCCUAUGUCUCUCGCUAGAUGACACCUCCGGGCAAACGGGUGCUCCUAUACUUUUGGGAAAGUCGCCUUUCCGCCGCCCGCUAGCCUUGCGCUGUGGUACCCGAUUGAUCCCAGUCGUCGUUUGUCAGCAACAACACUCGGGUCGUUGGAUAAUAACCGUGGCUGAAGAUCCCUGCCCACAAUUCUUGAUAUGCAAUCGCACAGCGAAACCCCUUGCUAUCGCUGAACCAGAAAAUAGCAAGGAAUUCCAAUUGUUCGUAGAUUCUCCGCAACCAGUAGGUAUUCGAGAGUGCGUUGGGACAAAAUGGUGGUGUGUCAUAGAAGCAAAAUCAUCUACAUAUUAUAGCUGUCCACAUUAUUAUAAUACGUAUCCACCUAAAAUUUUCACAAAGAGCUUGAUGCAACAAUUGCUAGUCGGCAUAUUACGAGAGGAAUUAGACCCAGACUGGAGUGAAUCAUUUGCGGUUGUUAAUGGAGAAACCUUGAUACAGCUUACUAACGGUGUCAUGAUUAAAUUAAAUAUUAAAUCCAACCCUCACACUACACUUGUCGAACUAUUGGACGUGGAUCAGUAUGAUUUAUCAGCCAGUGAAAUACGCCGCCAACUUUUGAAAGUAGAAAAACCGGUUACAGAUAAAGUUGAGAAUCAGGCAGCUAUCAGUAAUUAUCUACACCCAAAGCGUACGGAAUUAAAUGGUAAACCAAGGCAGAAGUUACAGUCAGCAAUUAGCAAGCGGAAGAAAUCUUUACAGAACCCACCGGAACAGGCAUCCACGUCAAAAAUGGACACGCUCGACGAUUCCUCGCUAGCAAACCUGUCGCAAGCAGUCAAGGAUGAUAUUGAAGAUUUAUUGGAAGUUAGAGAAGCAGAGAUAGUAUUUAUGGAUCAGAACGCCUAUAACUCUACGACAUGGAAAACUGAAUUAUGGUCAAAGAAGAGCAACGAAGUGGACAGAAUCCGCGCGUUAGUGGACAGCGUUACCAUAACAUUUGCGAAAGCUUCUGACAAUUUGCCAAUACUUGCUCUUACAUUACAACGAUUAUCGUUAUGGGCUAGAGAAAAUUCCCGAAAACAAAAAGCUACGCUGACAGUUGCAAACGUUCACAUCGAUAACACACAAUAUGAGAGCGGAGACUACGACUUCGCAGUUGUCGCUACCACAGAUGCCCCAGUAGCGGAAGAACUUUGGCCGCCUCUGUGGAAUAUGAACGAAAAUAUGUUCGAUUUAAUGGAAGAAACAGCUAGACUUUUGCUCAUCGCUCGCCGUGACAGAUGGACGGCGGACAUGAAUACAUAUAAUGAGUUAACAAAGAUAGAGGCUCGAGUUGGACCCUUAGGCUUAUACAUCGAAGACGCCUUCGUGUCGGCUCUUAUUGAAUUAGCUCGCGUUGUUAUGCCACCUGCUGAUCCUUGCUCAGACAGCGAAGCUUUAUCCGAAGCCAAUUAUCUUGCAAGACCAUUGCUUAUACAACGACUUUAUAUACACCCACUACAGUUAACGUUAACAUUGCAUACUGCUGUACGAAUGUAUAUAGCUUUGGAUCAGAGCCCGUUGCAUCUUAGUGAGUUUGAACUUCUAUACGUUAUGACGACACAGGAAAAUUUGAUUCGGGCUCUCACCGUACACUAUCUAUCUGCGGCUAUACUUGGAGCUGGUUGGGUAGUUGGUGGUCUUGAGCUGUUGGGUUCCCCAGCGGCUGUGGCAGCACGUGUGGCCGAAGCGAGUGGCGGAUUGCGCGGAAUCGCGUCAGCAGCCAGCGCGGCCCUACUGCGUUCGUUGAGUGCGUGCGCGCGCUCUGUUGCGAGAAAUUUAGACAUAUUAGCGGGUGACGAGGAACAUACGAGACGUGCUGCUGCUGCGAGGAGACGGCAACCUCCAAGUUUAAUGGCCGGGAUUGUAGAUGGCGUGACAAACUUUGCUGUUACCUUAUUAGGGGCGGUCGGAGGUUUGGCACAUCAUCCUCUACUAUCAGUGGUAGUGGGAGAAACUGACAGCCGAGUGGUGGGCCUUCGAAGGGGCUUAGUUGGUGCCAUAGCAAAGCCACUAAGUGCCACAGCAGACCUUGUGGCAUCAGCUGGACAUGGUAUUUUGAAUCAGACGGGAUGGGAUCCUGUGCCUCAGCCUUUAUGGUCCAAAAUCAAGUUAACGCAGCCGAAAAGCAGUUGGCGUCAAAACUGUGUGCGAUGGAUGUUUAGACUUCCCGAGAUGAAUGUACUCGCUGGCUUCGAUAUUAAACUGGGUGACAGCCAGUGGCAAUUGCUGCUCACUGAUAAGUAUCUCGUGAUAUUCGAUGUGGAGGCCGAUCUCGUAGUCGAAUCUAUCAACCUGAAGCAUUGCUCAAUUGUACCUUGGAAGGGAGAAGACCGUGUUAAGAUUCGUGUCAUAAAAAAAACAUCGAAGAUGUCGCAGGCACGGUUAAUAUCUCAAGAUGACUUGACGGCAGAGAUGAAUCCGACCGCCUUUGCACGCGUUGCGCGCUAUACGGGCGCUACAGAGGAGGGUGAACCUGAUGGGCCGUACAGGGAGAUCUCUUUCACUCCACCACCCCGACUUGCUUGCUCAUUACACGCUGCCCUUACAGUCGCCAUACAACAGAACACGUUAUAA